UUUUUGUUUCGGAGAUUUUUUGAGAUUAGGUCUCCGAAAUAGAAACGUGUUCUAAUUCCAGAGACAAGUCUCCGGGACAAAAAACUUUCGGCCAAUUAAAUAUCACAAUUAAAGUCACGUGGUAUGAGACAGAAAAACAAGAUGGCGGUCGAAUGGACAAGGGAUAAAGUUGAACGUUUGGCAGAGUUGUGGGAGGCUAAACCAGUAUUGUAUAAUACAACGCUCCCUGACUAUCAUGAUAGAGUGGCUAGGAGGAAUGCAAUUGCGGAGAUAGCGAAUGCUUUAGAAAUGAGUGCAAUGGAUGUUUCUUGCAAAAUCAAAAACCUUAGAAGUCAGUUCUGCAAAGAAAUUGCCAAAGGCACCAAACCCAAAAGUGGUUCUGCCACAGAUGAUGUCACACCAAAGUCCAAAUGGCAAUAUUUGACACUGCUUUUGUUUUUAAAAGAUCAUGUGGAAUGUAGAUCAUCUCGCUGCAAUCUUGAUAAAGAGAGAUCAAGUAAAAAUAGCAACACUAGCAACUCUACUUUUCUUGAAGAAGAGCAAGAACAAAAAGAUGAUAACAAUGAACUAGAUCAAAAUGUUUCAACCACAUCUUCCACAAAGCGCCCAAUUAAUGUCUCAGACAAGGAAUCAAGAGCCACAAAAGCACUGAGUUCAAAUCUAAGCAAAAUCAUAUGUAAUAAAGAAGAACUAAAAUAA